AGUUCAGAGCCCUAGGCUGGAAGGUCAGUAGCUGAAGGCGCCCAUUCAGGCACCCAGCGGACUGGGGAGCAGCAGGUCAGCGGCUGGCCCAGGUCUCUGGUCUUCCUCUGAGCUCUCCCACGCCCCAUCCCAUCCUUGGUCAAGGAGAGGAUUCCUGAGACUACGAGACUGGCUGGGGCGGAGGAAGGCGGGCGCGCGUGGGCGCCGGAGACUAGGCGAUGUCCACCGGCUCGGUGAGUGACCCGGACGACAUGGAGAUGCGAGGGCUGCAGCGGGUCUACCCGGACCCGGUCCCCAAGAGGCCGCCUCUGCACAGCACGGAACGCGGCUACGCCUCGCCCAGUGACAAUUCUUCCGCGGAAGAGGAGGACCCAGACGGCGAAGAGGAGCCCUGCUCUCUAGGAGCCGCGGGCGCCGAGGGUGGCUGCAAGAGAAAGCGGCCCCGCGUGGCUGGCUCUGGCGGCGCAGGUGGCAAUGGUGCUGGCGGCGGCGGCAAAAAGCCGCUCCUGCCCAAGGCCUCCGCUGCCGAGUGCAAGCAGUCCCAACGAAAUGCCGCUAACGCCCGCGAGCGCGCCCGGAUGCGCGUGCUGAGCAAAGCUUUCUCCAGACUCAAGACCAGCCUACCCUGGGUGCCGCCGGACACCAAGCUUUCCAAACUGGACACAUUGCGCCUGGCUUCCAGUUACAUCGCGCACCUGCGCCAGCUGCUGCAGGAGGACCGCUACGAGAAUGGCUACGUGCACCCGGUGAACCUGACGUGGCCAUUCGUGGUCUCUGGGCGGCCAGACUCUGACACCAAAGAAGUGUCUGCAGCCAACAGACUUUGUGGAACUUCCGCUUAAAGGGACAGCGGGACAGCGG